UGGCCGCAUGUGGUAGGCUGUGCAGGGCGAUGCGUUAGUAUUUCGUCGGCUUUAGGCAUCGCAUGUAUUUUCAACGUAUCAUUAACGUACGGUUAAAUCCUCAUGUUGCUGGUGUCUCUAGUUUGAUCUUUAAGUUGUGGAUAACGGUCUCUAACGCAGUGCUGGUGAAAAAACUCAACGACAAAUAGCAAUACGAUAAGAAAGCUAGCUGGAUUUAGCCUACAGGGUGUGUGUCAUUUCCAGUGAGCCGAUUGUUCUGACGUGGGGAUCGCAGGGCUGCUGAACAGCAUGUCGAAGGAAAACCCUGACAAGCCCCCGAUCUUCGAAGACGGACGGGGGGACCCCGACAAGGAGGGGGGGGCUGUGGAGAGCCCUGAGCCCCUGGACCAGUCUCUGAAGAAGAGGACCCGCCAGAGAACCGCCAGCCCCCCGCGGGGGAGCACUCCACAGUCUAGUCCCCCCAAGUUUGUGUCUGUGGAGGAGCUGAUGGAGACGGCCAAGGGCGUGACCAACAUGGCUCUGGCCCAUGAGAUUGUGGUGAACGGGGGCUUUCGGGUCACGCCUUCCCAGCCACCUGAAGGCAGUUUGGAGAAGAGAGUGAAAGACAUUGUGCACAAAGCAUUCUGGGACUGCCUGGAGACCCAGCUGGCUGAAGACCCGCCCUCAUAUGACCACGCCAUCAAGCUAUUGGCGGAGGUCAAAGAGGCUCUGCUCUCCUUCCUGCUGCCGGGACACGGGCGCCUGCGUCUCCGGAUCGAGGAGGCCCUGGACGUGCCUCUGAUCCAGCAGCAGGCGGAGAACGGGGCGCUGGACAUGGGCAAGAUGGCCACCUUCGUCAUCGACACCAUGGGCGCACUCUGCGCCCCCUGCCGCGACCAGGAGAUCCACAAGCUCCGCAAGAUCACCGGCAUCAUCCCCCUCUUCAAGGCCAUAUUCUCAGUGAUGGACAUGAUGAAACUCGACAUGGCCAAUUUCGCCGUCAGCAGCAUCCGGCCCCAUCUGAUGCAGCAGUCGGUCGAAUACGAGAGAAAGAAAUUCCAGGAGUUCCUUGACAAGCAGCCCAAUGCCAUGGACCUCACUCAGAAGUGGCUGCAGGACACAGCCAAAGCUCUCCUCAACGGAGACUGGGAAGGCGGAGCCUCGAGUGCCGGAGCCUCCGCCCCCAUCCCGUCCACGCUCCACCCCCUCAUUGUGCAUAACCACGCCUACCUGCACCUGCUCAAGUGGGACCACGCCUCCUGCCCCUUUCCUGAGACUCUCCUGAUGGACCAGCGGCGGUUCCAGGAGAUGCAGUGGGAGCUGGAGGAGCUGACUGCCGUGGCCGCUGUGCUGCUGAUUGUCUACAACAGCGCCGGGGCGGCCAUCUCGGGCCUGCCGGGGCUCCUGGAGCAGCUCAAGGGCACCACCAAGCUGCUGCUGGCGGAAUUGCACUCUCCGGACUUCCGAGCGGAGGAGGCCUUCGCCACCGUGGCCGAGCGGAUGUGGGAGGAGGUGAGGCGCAGCCUGGCCCAGCACGGAUUCUCCCCCUUCUCCUCCGAGCGCCAGGCCGUCCUCAAGGGCCAGAUCGCUGCGGUCAGGCUGCCGGACAACUCCAUACGCAGGCUCAUCGACUCACGGGUCCAGACGUACCUGCUGGGGUUUCUGGAGUCCAGCCAGAGGGGGUGCCCCACGACCCUUCCCGGGGGCCUGGCGCCCAUCCAGAAAGAGCUGGAGGAAGUGGCCAUCAAGUUCAGCCGACUGGUCAACUACAACAAGCUGGUGUUCGCCCCGCACUACCAGAGGAUCCUGCAGGACGUCCUGCGGGGGGAGGGCCCCGCCCCCAUCAGAGAAGGGGACUCCUAGAACCACCAUUUUGUCUCUGCAGGCUGGCCUCGGUAUUAGAAGUUCCGGCAAUUACUAUAUUUACUGCCCCCCUAGCGGUAGUGACUGGCAGGAAGCGUUGGCGAGCCGCAGAAUACUGCGUUUAUCUUCGUACCUCACAUGAGUUCUCAGCGCUUGCAGCUUUAAAACCAGGAAUAUCAUUUUUUUUGCAAACUCAUUAUACAAGCAUGAGGCUUUUUAUUGUGUAGCACCAACUUGGGUGAUGGCGGUUUUUGUUUUUUUGAGCGUGCUCACGCUGGCUCUAUGAAGGUGUUCGUUUGGAGAAUGUUCCAUUUGACCUGGCUGCUUCGGCAGCUGCCAUUGGUCAGUUUUCUCUCUACGGUUUCCAUGUUGCUUGAGUUGGGCAUGGCCAAGGAAGCGGAUUAACUGGCCGAGAGCCUCUCUUGUUGUCUUGGGCGUGUGUUGGGGCCUAGCCUUGAGACAGGGUAGGGACCAAACGAUUCAGACAUGUUGGAUACCUCCAUAAACUAACACAUGUGGAAAGGUGGCAUACUCAAAAUGGCCCAAUCUCGAUUUAAAAACAGUAGCGUUAUAGGGCGUUUAGGCCAACACAUUUGCAAGUAACUGGAAAUGUGAAGCAAAGACAGAUAAACUACAUUUGUCUGAGAGCAUUCCGUAGACUUCAGGUCAAUUCAGGUUUAAACCAAUUCUGGCCUCCAGAAUUAUUGGCACCCCUAAUAAAUAUUCACAAAAAGUGCUAUGAACUUUAUACAUUUAUACAAUUAAUACAGUAAUACAGCAAUUGCCAUGAGCUUUAUUUUCCAAUGUGCGUAAAGUAGUGUGCUAAUGAUUCAAUGGAAUCAACCAACGUCUUACAUAUUUUGUGGCUUGGUGACUCUGAGAUGUAACCAAUCUCUGCAAUUCUGAAACUGUGAUCCUUAGGUUACGUAUAGCCUUCCUCACCAUCUUCCUUACAGAGAUAUGGGGAAUAAUAUGUACUCGUGUCCUCUUCUUGGCAAGUUUGCAACCAUUCCAAAUGUUUUCCACCAUUUUAUUAUUGCCCUUACAUUACAUUACAUUAUUGGCAUUUGGUAGAUGCUCUUAUCCAGAGCGACAUACAGUUGAUUAGACUAAGCAGGAGACAAUCCUCCCCUGGAGCAAUGCAGGGUUAAGGGCCUUGCUCAAGGGCCCAAUGGCUGUGCGGAUCUUACUGUGGCUACACCGGGAACCACCAGAACCACCAACCUUGCAUGUCCCAGUCAUUUACCUUAACCACUACGCUACAGGCCACCCCUUACUGUGCUAAGUGGUAUGUUUAACAAUUUAUGUAUUUAACUGGUCUGUGUCUUCUAAAUUGAGUUCUUUAGCUUUUCCCAUGCUGAUGGUUGACAAAAGGAUUUUACCUCAUUAUUAUCCUCCAGUGAAACAGAAAGUGACACAAUAUAGUUUCUUUAGACUAAAAUUAACUAUAUGAAGUGUACAGAAUACAGUAUUGCCAAUUCAACUUUUAAAAAAUUUAUUUAGAAUAAUUGUUAGGGGUGCCAAUCAUUUUAUACCUGUGGUUUUCAGAAAGAGACAGAUUACUAAAUAAAAAACAUUGAAACAUGAGUAAAUGUAUGUACUGAAAUAAAUGUACACUACUGUUCAAAAGUUGCAUAUCUUUUGCAUGCAUUUUCAUUGGCUUUCUUCCUGAUGUCUGUGGCCUAUCAACAUCAUCAGUCUGGAUAUCUUAAUUUCAGGUUGUCCUGCAAGGAAUACUAAAUAUCUUUGCAUUUGAAUUGAUCUUAGUGGGAAUUGGGGGGCUGGGACUAGAUUCAACUGUAAAUUAUGCUGAUUUACUACAUGGUGAAACCAAAAUGUAGAAGAAUACCCUCUAAUAAAAGCUCAGAAUCAGAUGUGCAAAAUCAGAAAAACUAGGCGAUUUCAAACUUUUGAACAGUCGUGUAUGUAAUUUUCCCACGUUUGAACAUAACAUUAAUUCUGGAGCCCACUGUAUGCUUGCUCCACCAGCCUCCACGUUGAUGGUGGUUCCACCAGCCUCCACAUUGAUGGUGGUUCCACAGAUUCUCGUGCUGGUGGAGGGUCCUUACCAAGGGGCCAGCUUUCAAGCAAUCACUUUCGGAAUCAAGUCAAAAUCAAGUUGUCCCCUAUAUUUUCACUCAAAAAGCCUAUGUAUAUUACAUUUUAAACAUUUCUGCUCAUAUAUUGAUGUUCAAUCAAUGCUACAAAAAAAAAAAAAAAAUCCUGAGGUUUUUUUCCCUCUAGCACACUGGCAAAGAUAGUAAUUUUUCUCGUUUUUAAAUUGCGCCAGCGUUUUUCAUUGGCUCUUCCCUGAGUUUUCCGAGGACACAACUUUGCAUGUGUGGUGAGCUAAACUAUUACACCUGGUGUCCUGCAUGGCAUAAUCUUUCCCCCAUAGGUUUAUAUUGCCGUCACUGUCUCUAUACAUCAUAUAUUCUAAGGCCAUAUUUGCUCCGGACAUUGCCAAAAUCAGUCUGAAACUAUUGGAAUUAUGAAGUUAACCACCGUAGAGUUCUCCGGGCAGUACCAUACGGAGGCUGCCAGACCAGGCAUGAAUCGAGGCUAACUGAACGAUUCGGUGUAAAAGCAGGGGUGUCCGCAUGGGUGAUUAAUCCAAGGUAGUGAUUGGCUAGAAUCCACACACAGGUUAUAACUGGCUGCGGAUUGAAAGGAAACCGUGAAAAGUCCCUCCAGGACUGGAGUUUGACAAGCCUGGAGUAAAAUGUGCAUUAAGUGUGAUCAACUUAAUAUAAGGUUCUAUUUAAAGGGGAUGUACUGAGUUUGUAUAACACUGUAAUAUUCUGCAUUAUGCCAUAUUAGAAUGCUGUGCCGAGCUUGGUCAUUUGUACAACAUUAACACUUAUGACCCCAGCCGUUCUGCAUUAACAUUAACCUUAUUGAAAUAGUCAAGCUCAUUUGUAGAUCCAUGAUUUUCUUCAUGAGUUUGGCAGAAUGAUGAAACGAAUGUAAACUGGAAGACAGUUGGAGUAUUGAUGAAAUUGUGCAAUGAAUACCAUUUGGUACCGACGAUGUUGAAGACUCACCAUUUUAUUUUUUGCAUUACAUGUUCCACUUGCUUUUGAGAGCUUUUGUCAAAUGAUACUUUAUUGAGCCGGCUCCUUGAAAUAUGAUUCCCUAUACCAGUGGUUCCCACACCGUUCCGUGGGUACAGGUAUUUGAUGUUCCACCUUAAGCACACUUGAUUAGCCCUUGAGCAGGUAUGCUGGGGAUGGAACACAUUAAGUACCUGAAUCUGGCUAUGGGUAGCUGAGGAGAGCCCCACUGCUCUAUAUCUCUACUCCAGUCCUCAGGACCCACUUGCCUGAAGAUUGUCGUUGUAACCAGGAACUCACACCUGAUUUAUCUAAUCAAGGGCAUUUUUAGUGGUUUGAUUGAAUCGUGCGAGAGUUCAUGUUUCCAACAAAAACCUUCAGGCCUGUAGGACACGAAGACUGGAGUUGAGAAACACUGCUCUGUACGACUUGACUCAUCUCACUCUGAAGAGCUGUUGAAAGCAGGAAGGCACGGUCUUCAAAAGUUUAAGCAACUGCUUAUUUUACGCCUGAAUUGUUGAGAUUUAGAACGUCUUAAUAUGAAGAAUUCAGUGUUUUAAGUGGCCCACUUUUUGCGGUUUCUUUUGCAGAACAUUCACAACGUCGGUCAAAACCACUUAAUAUUUAUUUCUAGAAGGUUCAUCUACAGUGUAGGUGAAGGUGUGCUGUUGGCACAAUACCUGGGUCUCAUACAUAAUUGUGUUGGAUUCAAAUACUUUUCUGUGCUCGAUUGAUCUUGCCAACCACGAGAACCAGAAGGCGAGUUUGCACUUUUUGAGAGUAUACACCAGACAAGCUCAAUAAAGCAUAGAAAAGUAUUUAAAUCUGAAAGAAUUACGUAUUUGACCCAGGUCUGGCUGUUGGACUGUCACUUAAGGAAGAGUUAUGUUUUUGCUUAUGCGAUAACGUGUGUAGCGUCAAACUAACUGAGCAACAGACAAAUAAAUGAGUUUCCCAUCCUC